CAGCAAAUGCAUGUGCAACUUUAGCAGCAAUUUUAAUACCAAAAAUAUAGUAAAAUUAAGCAGCAAUUAUGCCAAAACUAAACAGCAUUACACCCACAACAACAACUACAUUAACUGCAGCGGUAGCAGCAACAGAAAAGUGUUUAAUUUAAGUUUAAUAUUCGGUAUCUGGUGUCUACUACACAGUGUCGCUGUUAUACAGGGUGCUGCCGUCUAUACAAAUGUUGACUUUCGCUCUAAUCCCACAUUUGAGCCCAUCUGUAAUCUUCAGGAGGAACAUUUCAUCGAGAGUGAGGGCAAAGAAUCUAGUCUGAUAUUGGAAUUCAAUAAAGCCAUUGCGGCCACACAGCAUAAACUAUGUACACGAAUUCUGUCAUCCCCACCUAAUUAUGGUUUCAUCAUACGUUUAAUUCUACCAAAAAUUCGACACAGUUAUCAUCAUUCCACCAGUACAAAAGUAGAGAAUAAGGAGAACGAGGGCGCAGGCAACAGUAAAAUCUCAACAUUUAUGGAUCAGUUAAAUGCAUCGACGGCCGGUUUGAAAACGGGUCGCAGUUGUCCAUUGAGCAUAUUCAGUUCCCAUGAUCCUCAUACACCGCAGUGGCGUGUGGACCCUUGCCAACUGGAGGAGACUGCCCCUGAAAUGGAAGAUCCAGUAAGACUGUUCCAUGGCAGAGUACGCAUAGUGUGGGAGCAUCGCAAUCACACGUUAAACUCGAAACUAAUGGUCACCGUUUUGGGUAAGGGAGAUGAGUGUCGCAGUGAAAAGAAACAUCAAUGUUUAAGAAUAGGGGAUGAUCCCAUCUUGUGCAUUUCCAAAGAUUUAAUAUGCGAUGGCAUACGUCAUUGUCCCUAUAGCAAUGAGUAUGACAGUGAUGAGGAUUACGCUAUGUGCUGGAAACGUAGUCGUCUGGGAGAACCCAUGCCACCCUCCAUGGAAUCGGAUAUUUUUGAACAUUUUGCCUUGGAGGUAUUCCGCAAUUUGUUUGCCUAUGAUGUGCCCUCCAUAACCAAAGCCACCAGCAAACCUUUUCUACAGUCGGACGAUGAUGUGACCGAGCAGACCAUUAGCAAUAAAACCACAUUGCAUAAAGUGGAAGGAGGUAAAGAAUUUAACGAAACUCUUACAGAGGAACAAGAUUCAGGAAAAUCAAAUGCUACUAUACCCAUAGGCAAGGCAGACAAUGCGACUAGUGCGAUAGGAGGUCAUCACAGACGCAAUUCAACACGCACUGGUGUCAAUUCAGAUCUGUCCAAGUAUGGUCCUUGGGGUUAUCUCAUGCUGGGCAUGUUGUUGUGUGGCGGCGCUUUGCUGAUUUGUGGCUUAUGGGCCUCCGCUUCCCAGCAUGCGGCCAACAAUGAGCGCGCAUCUGCUUUAGCCUCAGCCAAUGAAGCCAUGAACAAUCAUUCCACUACCACAGCACCGCCCAACUACGAAGAAUUGGAUCCUCCUCCAGCCUACUCGGUUUUGUUCCCCAACCAAAAGGCCGCCUCGAGCAACACUUUGAAUUCACUGGAAGUUACUAGCGCCCAGCCUUCCCUAACGCACCUACAGUUAUCGCCCUCGGCAGCUCCCAGUAGUAGAUCUACUUCGAGAAUUGUAUCGGAAAGGGCCAGUGGCAGUAAUCAUGCACCAACUCACAGCAACAAUUGAAAUGUGUUCUUUUAAUCUCUAUAUUAUUAGUUUGUUUA